CCGUAGCUGCGCGCGCGCCGCACGCACAAACCCGCACGCGCCCGCACGCAUGCUCGCACGCACGCGACAAGUGUCAUGCAGUGAUUCUUAACGUUUGUGAUAGAUCCGAUUGCUCUCUACGUGUGAUAACGCUGUUACAAUAUUUUUGAUCUCGAGAUAACGGGCGCCAAGGUGUACAAAAGAGGUGUGACCAGUACUGAAAAACUAGUGACAUUUAAUUAAAAGACUGACAAUGGAAUACUCAAGAAACAUUCUGCUAGCGGUGGUAGUGGUAGCGCUGGCAUGCCACAGCAGCGGCGCGCCCACCAGGAGGUCACGCGCCGCCGCCCUGCAGACCGAAGAACCCACCACAGCCAGGGAGAACAAACUACAAGACGAGUUCAAGGAAACCACCACCACAACUGAAGCCCCAAUAACCGCCAGAAGGAACAAAGCCCUCAACCUAUUCGGCUUCUACCCCUCCUUCCUAACCUCCGGCGUUGACUACUCUGAAGAUGACGAUGACAUCAACUUCACAGUCAACGACGAAAAUUUCGAAGAUGAGGACCUCUCCCGAACCAUUCCCUCCAGGCGUAGACAACAGAACAAGAAGAAAAAUGGCAACGGACAGUACCCGAAUGAUAGCAUCAAUUCCCUGCAGUAUGAAAACUCGCCGAUCUUCUAUAUCAGGCUGCCCCCCACUCCGUACAUGUUUGUCCCUGGCUUAGGAUACGUCUCUCAGCCACCAAGCCUCGGUCCCCCAAUGGCCCCAAUGAUGCCUCAAGUACCGCCACAGGUCGCAGAUCCCUUCAUCAAUCUGCCUAUUGACUUUGUCUCAAAUGGCAAACCUACGGGAGUGUAUCAAUGGAGCGGUGCGCCUGCAUACCCUCAAAUGCCACAAGUGGACCCAUUCGGAUACGGUGGACAGCCCAUGAUUCCAGCAAGGCCGACGUACAACGUACCCUCAUACUCCCCACCGAAGCCCAAGCCUACUCCCUCAAACUCGAAGAUAACAAACCUUAAAGGCCAGUACGUUUUCAAUGGCAAACCACAGGACAAUGUCUACGUGCUAAGAGACACAUACAACUCCAUAUACUCGGAUGCCCUGCAAAACUUCUACCCUUAAGGCCUGAGUUACAUAAGAUAGGAUUGUGUCUGGCUCGUAUCGAGCUACUGUAAUUAACGAAUUUCGAGGGACCAACGUGCGGAAGCAAGGGGAAAGUUUACAACAAAGUCAAUGAUCAGUAAUUAUGAGAUGGAAAGUUAAUUAGCUCUCGCAAGAAAAAUAAUGAGUUAAAUGAAACCUUAAAAACAAUUAUUAUGCUUAAGAAACGUGAGGGACCACUAACUGCAGCUGACUAUCGUUGCAAUUAAUUUUACUUGCCAAGAAAAAGCCGAGUCGAAGUAGGCUCGAAGAAUUAUGAGUGAGAUCUGCUACUUAAUGAAUUUAUAUUAUGAACAUAAUUUCAUAUUUUUGAUAAAUCAUUCUUUGUUUCAUGAAAAAAAUAUUAUAAUCUUAUUCAGUGCUUUACCUAACAGUUGUCUGCGUCACAUUUUGCCAGAUUCAUAGAUCUAAUAAUUUGAUACCUACUCUAAUUUAGUUUACCAAAUGCAAGGUAGUGUUUUAAUAUGUUAGGAAAAUCCUUCCUUGCUUUUCUGUAACAAAUAUACUAAUAGGUAUAGAUUAGAUAGUUUUUAUUGAAAAUGUAAUGUAAGUAUGUAAAGCUAUGGAGACUUUUCUAAAUAUUUAUUUUAAUAUAAGAACUUCUGAUGCAAUUCAAGCGUAGUUGAUGUUAAUAUUUUAAUAAGUAUUCAUAAAAGUCAAACGUAGGAUUUACUCGUACUUACCGCUUUCUCUACUAAUAAAUACCUAAUGGACUUAAGUUUGCUAGAAUUUUCAGACUCAAGCAAGCAAUCGAUUUUUCAGUUUCAUAAUCCAAAUCAAAUAGGCCACAUGUGUCAUUUCUCAUUGUUAAAAUAUUUAGUUAAUAGAUAGGUAAGUACUUUGGUACAAAUAAAGUCACUUAUCGAUAUACAAGUACUUUUUUAUCUACCUAAAUAAAUAUACAAUUUUAUCGGACUUUAAAGACGGAACGAGAGGAUCGAUUGAUUGCUUCAGAGUGGAAACUAAACUAUGCAAUAAUUUUGGGCAAUAACAUGUUUUGAGUCAGCGCUAGAUUUAAAUACCUACUUAAUCCUUAAUGUUAAAUAAUUUAUUGACCUUAUAUUUAUUCACUAAAUUAUUUUCCUAGUUUUAAGAUCCUAAUUAGGUACAAAAUAAUAAAAAGAUACCGUCCAUGAUAAAAAAAAAACUAAAUAAAAAUAAUUACCUACUCAUUUAAAGGUAGCUUCAUAAAUUCACCAACCAUUCACACAAUAAUUGUAACAUGUUGGGUGGCAAUUAAUCUUAGGUAAAAAGGAGUUUAAAUAAUUGCCGUUUUACCACAAAAACUUUUGAACGUCAGUUUAAGACUUGUCUAAAAAAAUGUCAGAUUAUGACGUUGACAUUAUGGUUCAUUUUGCAGCCACAAUUUUUUUAGACAAGUGUAAAACAGAUGUUUAAGUUUUUGUAGUAAGGCCAUUGGUGUUUACAGAUUUUUAAUCUUUGAUUAAGUACAUUGUUACUGUUAAUCGAGAUUGAAUAUAUAAACCACCACAUAAUGUAUUAUUUUACUGCUAGUAUGUAUUUGAUCCAUAAUUACUUUAAACGGUAAGCCCUAAAUACAAAAACUAGUAUAUAACAAAACAGAAAUAAAAUCUCUCUAAUUUAGUUUAAGUGCCUGUUUUGAAUUAAUGGAACUUUGUAAAUAGGUUGCUCAUUAAUUUGUCCUAUCUACAAAAGACUUAUUCAAAAAUAUUGCUUACCUAUUCUAGGAACAAUGUAAUAAUUUAUUUUAUAAUUAUGUAAUCACCUUCGGCUAAUUUAGGAAAACUAUCAUUAGAUAUUUUUGUGAAGUCAGUUGUAAGUAAUUUUCUUUACCUUACCUAUAUCUAGAGAAUGAUAUAAUUAGACUAAUACAAAAUGUCACAAUAUAGGUAGUUUAAGAUACUUUUAAUAAAAGAUUGAAUGUCCGUCCGAUAAUUUAAGAAUUUGGGUUGUCCAUCAUAAAAUUGUACCUAAAAUAAAGACCAGGUACUACUCACGAUAGUAACGAUGUACUUAGAUGUUAACAAAUAAUUAAUUUGCAAUAUAGAAUAUGAAAAUUAAGACAAUAAAAAUAUUUUUCUAGUAAA